CACGUUUGGGAACCCUGUGUUGUUUUGCAAAUCAGCCGGCAUCGCCUGGAGCUCGCACGCUGGCCACAAUUUCCGCAGUUUUUUGUGAAUAAAACAAAUUAAAUCGCUAUGAAAGCCAUAAUACAGCGUGUAACGUGUGCGAAGGUAACGGUGGGCGAUGAACUGGUGAGCUCGAUCGGUCGUGGCUUGUGCGUGCUGGUCGGCAUCUCUUCCGACGACAACGCCAACGACGUGGAGUGGAUGGCACGGAAGUUACUUAAUUUGCGGCUGUUUGAGAACCCUUCCACCGGCAAACGAUGGUCGGAAUCGGUGGUGGAUCUGCAGCUGGAGAUGCUGUGCGUCAGCCAGUUCACGCUGUACCAUCGGUUGAAGGGCAACCGUCCCGAUUUCAGUCGAGCCAUGCAGGGACCGGAGGCGCAGCAGCUGUACGAAUCGCUGCUGCAGAGGAUGCGGAACGAGUACGCGACGGAGCGCAUACUGGAUGGGCGGUUCGGGGCGAUGAUGCAGGUGCACGUGGUGAACGAUGGGCCGGUUACGCUGGAAAUUGAAUCUCCGGUACCGAGCGAAUACGAGCGGCAAAAGCUGCAGCGAGCGUGCGAACGGAAUGCGAAAUCGGACAAGCCGGUGGGGAGGAAGGGCACGGAUGGUGGUGCUGAGGGUACGAGUGGAAAGGUUAGCAAGGAAUCGGAAAGCAGUUCAUGAACACAGUGCUUUAAUAAAAUAUAAUUUUAUUGCCAAUUAUAUGCUUUUACAUCGUGUACGGCUCAAUUUUGCAUAGUGAAAAACAAAUUUGCGUCAUAUAUGAACAUGUUAUAUUGUCAUAAAAUCCAUUAGUCUUGUUUCUCCAUGCCAUUUCACAAUGCCCCAGCCCUUGAAAAUUCAUUAAAUUGUAAAAAAAUAUUAUUAAAAGAGGCAAAAAAACAUUUGCUGUAAAUGUCAUGAACCAAAUAACAACCUUCUUGCGAUGGUCAAAUUCGAUUCACUCAAAAUGUGAAGGGAAAAGAGACUGCCUAUAACGAACUUUUGACUACUUUUCAAAUCGUACCUCGUUCCUACACACCUUGGGAGCACACCAAAACCGAGUCAGAAAGUAACAGGCGAACAGCCGAAAAAGGAGGUCACAGGAAUCGAGAUCUCUCGCUCUUUUCGCCAACGCGUUCGACAGAGAAAUGGAGUCGAAAAGUAACAGGAGCACAUACUAAUCCGGAGGCUGCACUCUCGUUAGGAACGCUAUUCUAGUGUGCGGCGGCGGUGAGGUCGUCCGUCCUUGUCUUUCAAAUUACUCGCAGGCGAGGAUGAAAUCGAUGCGCAAACACCAGGAGAUCAUGCAUGGAGGAGGUCCUGCAUGGAGGAGGUCCUACUAGUGCGUCCGCCAUUGUCGCGUGUGGGACGUUGUCGUUGUCCUUUUCGCUCGCAUAUAAUGAUCGAUCGAUCGCCGAUAACAAGCGAAUGUAGGCGGAGAUACAAAAUGUAAAUGGCCAUCGCGUUUGACUCCAUUGUCCUGAAGCGGAUUGAAUCCAUUGGCGGAAGUGUGUAGUAGUAGUAGUGCUGCGUAAACCCAGUCCACGUAUCCCGACGCUGCGCAAAUCAAAUCAAAGCCAAAGAGUCCCCCCAUCGUCUCAUGUCAACAGUUUAUAUUUUCUUGUAUUUCGCACCUUUCCGUCCAGCACGUUCCACACUUCAUAGCUAAACCAUUACAUUUGCAGCAGUUGUAAAUCGUUUUUUCUUUACACGAAACAUGCUCGCCUUAAACAUACUAUUGCUAAACAAACAAACGAUUUUACAAACUGAAACGAACGAUACCGCGCACUCUGCUCUGUCUACACUACUACAUGCCUACUAUGAUGCACAGAAACGAAAAUACAACCGCGCACUGUGCACGUUUCCCUGGACCAAGUGCUGGCUUCUACUGUUCGAUAACCUUGGUCACGAUCGCUGUCUCUUUCUCUCUUUCUCUCUUUCUCUCUCUCUCUCUCUCUCUCUCUCUCUCUCUCUCUCUCACUCUAAGCUAACAUAAAUUCAUCUACUUAAGGGCUAAAGGGACUAAUAAAACAGAGGUAAAAAUUAAGUACAAUAUAUAUGGAAUGAGGCGACUUAAAACACAUCCAAGAUCUAAUAAAGACGAGCUUAAAGAUUAAGUCUUAAUCGAAAAAACAAGGUAGAAAAUCCCUCAACUAAGUGUACGAACGUAGUCGAUUUGUUUCGUAUCGUGUUGUUGUUGUUGUUGUUGUUGCUGUGGUUGUGAUCUUUUUAACUAUAUUUUUUACAGUGUUUCGCGGGUGUUUUUUUCCCGUUGUUCUCUCUUUUAUAAUCCCACAUCCCGAGGGAACAAUAUACUCAAUUCCGUAAUUUAUCCGGUGUGCGAGUUACAUUUUUCAAUUCCAAUUUAAAUUAUUGCAACUGAGCAGAAGGUUCGCAUCAGGCACACCUCUCCUCUUCUCAUAUUCCCAUUUCUCUAUCCUCUCAACUUGUUCUGCCUUUUUUUCUGCUUUUUAUCUAUUUAUUAACGCUUUUACUUCGUGAUUUGUGGUUUCUCUAUUUUUCAAUGCAUGUUUUGUUUCAUUUCCCGUUUUUUGAUGUUUUGUGUUGUCUCGUUUGUGUUGUUCUAUUUCAUUCUUUCUAUAUUUUUUUUAUAAUAUUGUUAAGCUCUUUAUAUUGUUUUCUUGCACACUUUUCCUUCUUGUUUAUGAUACGUUUUCCCUUCUCUCUUCUUCUUCUUCUUCUUCUUCUUCUUCUUCUUCUUCUUCUUCUUCUUCUUCUUCUUCUUCUUCUUCUUCUUCUUCUUCUUCUUCUUCUUCUUCUUCUUCUCUUUCGUUCACUGGGUUUUUCUUUCUUAUCUUUGCACCAUCGUUUUCUUUUCCUUUUUCCGCUAUUAUUUACUUAUUUUUAGAACUAUUAUGUAUGAUUUAUGUGUCCCCCUUGUACAGUUGUUGUUGUUGUUGUUGGGUGUGUUUGUGUGUUGCAGGGGUGAGUUUUUAACUCUUUGUUUUGUUUCUUACAUUGCAUAAAGAGGUGUAUGUGUGUGUGUGUGUAAAGACAAAAAGAAGCGUGUAAGAUUGUGUAUGUAAGUGUAGUUUUUUGUUCGUUUAUAGAAAAAGAUAGCAACAAGAUUGCACUUCGAACUUCGUAAAUAUAUAUAUUCAUCUUUUAAUGCCAUUUUGUUGCUCUUUCCUGGGCUCACCUAUGGUGCAUUGUUUUUAACCAGCAUUUGCUUUUUUUCUGUUCCAUUCGUGUUUUGAUUUUUAUACCAUUUUUUGUUCCUUAUCAACGCAUAGAUUUAACAACGUUACGGCGAGAAUAAAAAGGAAGCAAUCGAAAAAUAAAAAUCCCCGCAAAUUGCAAUGAGGAGGGAGUUGAACCUUUUCUCUUUUACACUGUGUGCGCACUCUACAUUUUGUUUGCGCUGUGUAAAAGUAGUAUUGUCUCAAACUUUAGCUUUUCAACAAACAUUCGUCUUUUUUACAUCAACAUUGAAUAGUGUGUGUGUGUGUGGCCGUGCAACUACACACACCCACUUGCUGGCUUUUGCGUCCUAUUGCACCGACAGAAGCAGCAACAGCAGCAUGAUGAUCAGCAGCACAAGUACGUUGAUAACGAUGAACUCCGCAAGGGUUGGCAGAGAAAUAAAGAAAGAAAGAAAAAGCCCAACCCACCGCCAACAAGGACCUUUUUUUAGAGAGAAAGCCGAAUAACUUUGCCAACGCGGCAACGGGUUCGUUAGCAGUUUAUGGAUAAAUUUUGUUUACCACUUUGCUUGUUCCCCCAUCCUCCCGCUGCAACUUUGGACUCUUCCCUUUACGAGCCACGUGUUUACCACUACCGUUUGUCCGUUUUUGAGAGUGGUUUUCUUCUUCUCUUUUUCCUCUCUCUCUCUCUCUCUCUCUUCAAGGUACGCAGCAAAGCAAAGUGCAAGCAGCAAAAGCGGCGAUGCACCGUGGAGAGCUUUGCAAACGCAUUCACUGCCAGCAUUUCUCCACCACCACUACCCGUUAAUCCUGGCGUUGUUGAAACUAUCCCACCGUUCCGUAAUUCCGUGUUUUGGAGAGAGCAACGCAUAAACGGGCUGGAGUUUUUUUUAUCUAGAAUUCUCUGUACAACUAUGCUUUAGACAUCGUGUUACGUUUUUUUACAAGUUUUUGGUGUUUCAUUUACAUGAUAUAGCUUUCGUUUCGGUUGAUUUUGAUGAGUGGUUCGUCUAAAUAGUUCUAUGAAUCGAGGGGGGAAAUCCUCACAAAUUAGAAAAAUAUCUUAAGUCUCCCAAAAAAAUAAAUGAUAUGCUUGUAAUCGUGUUUCAGAACCCUUCCUCUCUCGAUGAGAAGUAGCUACAAAUCUCUUUCCUUAAACACAGAAAUGGAUUUUACUAGCGAUAAGAGAUUGAAACCGUUUUCGAGUGGGGUAAUGUGUGUAAGUUGGAGGAUAAAUCGGCGAUUUGCGUGCGAUACGAUUCCUGCUUGCUGCCUUAGGUGGUUUACGUUUCGUUCAACAUUGAUACGCUGUUGGUUGGUGUGAUUGGUUGUCCCUCGUCCCUUGCCUGUCCUUAUACACUCACUCAAGGUAGACGAACCGGCCUCUAGACACUACCCUAUUAACAGACUGCACUUUCAUUCUCACCACAUCCCAUCGUUUCGUUUAAUCUAAACGCUGUUUGAAACACAUUAAAUGUGCCUCAACCUUCCUCCCAUUCGUGUGUGUGUGUGGUGCCUCUGGUUGCACAAUUUACUUAAUGAAAACGAACGAUAAAAACAACAACAACAACACACUUAUGCUUAUGCGUUUAAAUCUCUCUUUGCGGCCCACAAUUUCACACCACUCGCAUCCUUUCUUUUUUUGCUGCUACAACUGAAACACAUUUCACUUAACUGACUAUGAAAUCUAUUUAUCUCUUUUAUACUGCGUCUAUCGUCCUCUUUAAUGCAACUCCACACGGUGCAACGGCCCCCACGUGGGGCGGGGUUAGCAUUAAAAAUAGCUUAAAUCCCUUCCCGUUUUGAAGGCCAAACCUCACGUGCUCGUGGUGUGGAUUUUAUUUAAAUCAAACGAGUAUGCAUCUCUGCACGCCUGUGGGAAAUUCAAUAUGCACACACAUUCCACACUGCAGCAGCAGCAGUAAAGGAUUAAGCGUACGGGAGCUUUCAACGUGCAUUAAAAGCUCUUUUAUCUUACAUGAGCUGCUUCGGUUCGUUUCGCCACGGAACGGUUGCUUUUCCAGAAGGGCAACAACGUGUGUUUUGCAAUGGCUUGGCAAUGGCAAUAAAGCACAAUGGACACACAUACACACAUUGUGGCAAGCACAUAUGCACAGAAAACACAUGGGGCUUCUUUUU